AUGAAGGGAGGCGCCCGUAAUCAGCCUGCGGCCGCCGCAUCCCAACAACAGCAUGUCCCGCCCUCACCGACUACGAAAGGCACGGCGAAGUACACCAACAAGGACGGAUCAAAGUUCAUAACUGUGCCCAAGGUCGCCACUCCCGUUGAGACCUCUCAGCCUUCCCCGACGACGUCAAAUGCUUCUGGACCAAAAGGUCAAACAAACCCGGCUGGGACCACCGCCGGCGCCAACGGACCGGCCCCAGCCCCCGUAAAUCGCAAGAAGCAGAAGCGUCGAGCAAAGGCUGCCGCGAAAGCAGCAGCUGAGGCAGGUCUACCUAGCGAUCAUCCUAACGGCUUACCCAGUCCCGCAGCGUCAGCAGGUCAUGAUUCCAAGCAUCUGGACGCCGAUGCCGCUGAUGAGAGUGACGACGACGACGAGCACUUCCACGAUACUCACCAUCAUCUUCAUGCUCACGGAAAUGGAUAUGGGGAUCUGUCCGGUAGCAAGUCCAAAAAGUCCAAGAAGAAGAAGAAGAAAGGCAGUACUCCAGGACCAGCCGCAGAAAUCGAAACUCCGCAUGAGCAUCCAUCGUCGCCCCCGCCGAACCUGGUUCACCGUGGCUCCGGCAUAUCUAAGGAAAAGAUAUGGAAUACGAGCUCUCAGGAAGAGCGUGAGCGAAUCAAAGAAUUCUGGCUCGGGCUUGGCGAGGACGAGAGGAAGUCUCUUGUCAAAGUGGAGAAGGACGCCGUGCUGAAGAAGAUGAAGGAGCAGCAGAAGCAUACAUGCAGUUGCACUGUGUGUGGCAGAAAGCGCACCGCCAUUGAGGAGGAACUGGAGGGGCUAUAUGACGCCUACUACGAGGAGCUCGAACAAUUCGCGAAUCAUCCGCAUCAGCACGGAGACCCACCGAUGAUGGGUGCGUCGGUGACGGCUACAGCGCGAGCUAACCGGGGCUUGCCGCCUGCGAACUACUCGAGCCAUCUUCCCUCCCGCGGACGAAUAGUAGAACACGUCGGCGACGACGAGGACGAGGAAGGCGAAGAGGAGUAUAGCGAUGACGAGCUCGACGAUGACGACUACAGCGAUGAGGAGCCAGAGGAGAUCCAUCGAGACUAUGCGACAGAUUUCUUCAAUUUUGGGAACAGCCUGACCGUUCAGGGUAGGGAUAAUUUCAACCCUUUAUUUCCGCUUGCUCUACAAACAGGUGGUAAUCUUGACGCUCUAGGUGGCAUUUUGACGGUAGCCGACGAUCUCCUCAAGAACGACGGCAAGAAGUUCAUCGAGAUGAUGGAACAGCUGGCCGAGCGAAGGAUGGCUCGAGAAGAGGACGCCAGGGAACAGGCAUAUCCUCGUGCGUACGGUCAUAACGUCAACGGAGGUAAUCUUCUGGGCCACAACCAUCCCCCGCCACCUCCCGUCGAUGACGAUGAUUACGACGAAGAGGACGAGGAUGAGGAGGAGUACGACGAGUCUCAAGAGGACGAGUACGACGAAGAAGAGGAUACCAUGACGGAGGAGCAGCGCAUGGAGGAAGGACGUCGAAUGUUCCAGAUAUUCGCAGCGCGCAUGUUCGAGCAGAGAGUGCUCACGGCAUAUCGAGAAAAGGUUGCCAAAGAGCGACAGCAGAAACUAAUCGAGGAACUUGAUGAGGAGACUCGCCAGGAUUCUCAGCGUAAGGCGAAGAAGGCUAAGGAGGCACAGAAGCGCAAGGAAAAGGCGGCACAGAAGAAAGCUGCUGCCGCCGAGGAGAAAGCGCGGAAAGAAGCCGAGAAAGCAGCCGAAAUCGAAGCACGUCUCCAGCAAGAGGCUGCAAGGGCCGAGGAGGCCAAGCUGAAAGCCGAGGAGAAACGCAAGAAGAAGGAGGCGCAGAAGAAGGCCGAGGAGGAAGAGCGCUUGCGUAAAGAGGCCGAGCGACAACGGCGUAUUCAUGAGCAAAAGGAACGCCAAGCUGAGCUCGAGCGCAAAGCUCGUGAAGCUAAGGAACGGGAGAAGAAGGCGAAAGACGAUGCGAAACUCAAGGAGAAAGAAGCGAGGGAGCGUAAAGAUCGUGAGGUCCGAGAUCGAAAGGACAAGCCAGAUUUGGACAAGCGGGACAAGGACGUUAAGACCAAAUCCGAGAAAGACAUCAGGGACAAACAAAAGCAAGAGGAGAAGGUCGCCCAAAAGGUGGCCGCUCUAAGCACCGGUGGCAACACCAGCAUUACCAAAGGCCCCUACGCCGAUACGACCGCGUCAAGCAUCACAGCAAGAUGUCAGUGCAACAAGCUCACAUCCCGGAUCUCAAGCCGGAUCCGGAACGAGUCAAAAUGCGUCCCCGAGUGCGAAUACGCCAGUUCACAGGAGUCCUGCUGGAGUGUCGAGCAGGAGCGGUCCACAGCCAACACAACCAUCUCAGGCUAUGUCACCAUUGCAGUCUACCACAGCAAAUGCCACCAGGCUUUGGCAAUCGCAUGCAUCAUGAUCCGAUGUUUCCACCCAUAG